UUGUCUGUCGUUUGGCAUCAUAUUUCAAAGGAGGCUCAGAAUUCCUGGUCGACACGCCAGCCAGAUCCACAAAUCGGAAGAAUCAGAGCGCCGUCGGAAACCGCCGUCCACGGCGGUGAAACUCGCCUUCGCAUCCUCUCGUCUUCGAACCCGAAGCCUCUCUCGGUUCCUCACUCUUCUCACAUCGCCAAAAACUCAAAUUCACGAUGGAAGAGUUGGAGCAGUGGAAGGAACAACUUUCGCACUUCGCUAACCUAGCUUUGGAUCGUCUUCGCGAGGUUCCCCCGAAUCAGCUCUACGCUGCUGCUGCAAUCGCGAUUUUCACAACUCUGCUUCUUCUCUCAAUACGGUUGUUCAAGCGCGCGAAGUCCAACACCAUUGUUUUGACCGGGCUCAGUGGGAGUGGAAAAACUGUUCUCUUCUAUCAGCUUAGGGAUGGCUCAACUCAUCAGGGUACAGUUACAUCGAUGGAGCCUAAUGAAGGCACUUUUAUUCUUCACAAUGAGAAAACCAGGAAGGGCAAGAUAAAGCCUGUUCAUGUUGUUGAUGUUCCUGGGCAUUCUCGGCUUCGACCCAAACUGGAUGAGUACUUGCCUCAAGCAGCUGGGGUAGUUUUUGUAGUAGAUGCUUUGGACUUUUUACCAAACUGCCGUGCUGCUUCAGAGUACCUUUAUGAUCUAUUGACUAAAGGAAGUGUUGUGAGGAAGAAGAUUCCAAUGCUUAUUCUCUGCAACAAAACAGACAAAGUCACUGCUCAUACUAAAGAGUUUAUCCGAAAACAGAUGGAGAAGGAAAUAGACAAAUUACGGGCAUCAAGAAGUGCAAUAUCAGCAGCUGACAUCGCAAAUGAGUUCACCCUGGGGGUACCCGGUGAGCCGUUUUCUUUUACCCAGUGCUCUAACAAAGUGACAACUGCAGACGCUUCUGGUUUAACUGGGGAAAUAUCUCAGCUGGAAGAGUUUAUCAGAGAACAUGUAAAGCGAUAGCUGGAUAUUGUGUUUAAACUUGCGGAUUUUUGUUGAACUGAAUGAAUAUGUAGCGUUGCUCUUCUUGGUUGUUAUUUCUUUGAUUUCAAAGAACUGUCUGGAUAAGAAGAGGCAAAAAAGAGAAAAUGGGGUUUUGGGGGUGGGGUUGGGGUGUUCGGAGUAGGAAUCACUAUGUUGGGAUCAAUGAGGAUUUACUUCAUUUUAAGUCCUGGUAUAUUGAUUGGACUAUAAUGAUUUAUCAAAUUGUAUCCAUACUUCAUUUACUUUUACCUUGUUCUCUACUGCUGCUCCAGAGGCUUUUUAGCUCCA